CAGAGGGGCCGCAGAGACCAGCGCACCUGUCCUGGGGGGAGGGGCGGAUGGAGGAGGGCGAGAAGAGCCCCCUGCUGUCCCAGGAUGCUGGGGGCCAGGAGCCACCCCUCCCUGCCAGCUGCCUGGGCCCAGUGCUCCAGGAGGGACGGGCCUGGAGGGCAGGCCUGGGGGGAGGCCAGGCCCCCUCCCUCCCGCUGAGAAGCAGCUGCCUCCAGUGCCUGAUCUUUCUGUCCAACUUCCUCUUCUCUCUGCUCGGCCUGCUGGCCCUGGCCAUCGGGCUCUGGGGCCUGGCUGUCAAGGGCUCUCUGGGGAGCAGCUGGGGGGGGCCCCUGCCUGCAGACCCCAUGCUGGGGCUGGUGCUGGGGGGGCUGGCGGUCAGCGCGGUGAGCCUGGCCGGCUGCCUGGGCGCCCUCUGUGAGAACGCCUGCCUGCUGCGCUGCUUCUCCGGGGGCCUCCUGGCCUUCCUGGUGCUGGAGGCCCUGGCAGGGGCCCUGGUGGUGGCCCUCUGGGGCCCCCUGCAGGCCGGCCUGGAGCGCGCCCUGCACGUGGCCAUCACCCACUACCAGGAUGACCCUGACCUGUGCUUCCUCAUGGACCAAGUCCAGCUCGGGCUGCAGUGCUGCGGGGCGGCCUCCUACCAGGACUGGCAGCAGAACCUGUGA